UCCUGGCUAUUAUCUCACCAUCAGGUAUCUCUCAUUCUAGGGUGGAAACAGGGAUCCAGAAGCCUUCCCAUUUGUAACUGGUAUAAAUUACAACCCACAAACAGAGGUGUACAAGAAAUGGCAUGAAAAAAUUUUUAUAACCCCACUUAGUUUGUAUUUCAGCCUUGAUCUUGCUAUUGUCCUGUUUGGAAUACCACCCAUCCCUAUUUGGAAGUCCUACACUGGGCCAAGGUUUGGAGGGUGAGGCCGAGAGCAUGGUCAUUGUGGACUGGAGUGUAGAUGUCCAUCGGCUUGGGUGCCAGGCCUCCUUUAGGUUUGGUGGCUCCUGUGCCAUUCCUGGGACAGGUUGCCGUGAUUCUGCUUAUAUGCACCCACAGGCUUCUCCUUUGUUUUUGCCCUUUCUACCCCUCCAGCCACAUUUGAGAGGCGCCUUCUCCUUCAGAUCCACAGACAUCUUCCUCUGGCUUAAUGAGCAAGUCUUAAUACUCCAGCAGGGAAGUAAGACCUCAUUUCAAAAACCUGCUUCUGUUAUGUUUCUGCUCAAGUAUUCUCUCUUUUCCAUGGAGUUUUGGAUUUUAGAAAUAAAAGCCAAGAUUAUCAGCAUGCCACUGCUACUGCGCCCUGCCGUGCCCCUCCACUGGCCAGUGAACGCAGAGUCUGCUACAUGCUUGAAUGCAGAAGGGAAAGGAUGAAAUAAAGGGAGGAAAAAAAAGGAACAUUAACAUCUCUAUAUCUUGCCACCUUUGAAAGAUGUGAGUUGAAUUCACAGGAGAGGCUCUAUACCAAGAAAAAGGAAUUGUUCUUGAAAAUGGGAUCUGUGCUGUUGCAGAGAUUAUGCUGGGCCUCGGUCCACAGAAUGCUCUGAUGUCAUCAUUGAGGUCAGAGAAUCCUGCCGUGGGCCUGGUGACCUUUGAACCUUAACAGCCUGCGCUCUGGUGAGCACUGGGCCGUGCUGCUGGUUCACUAAGUGGUCCAAGUUCUUCAGCCAUUUAGGAGACUUGACUGUUUUUAUUUGUAUCGAAUCAUUUCACCCGAUUUCCCAAGAGCCAACAAGGCCCAGCCCAUAGGGAAGAGGAAGAGCCGGACGUGAGGCAUCUUCUAAGGGACUCUUAAGUUGAUAUGAUGAAACGGCGACAAAAGAGGAAACAUCUGGAAAAUGAAGAGUCCCAGGAAACUGCCGAGCAGGGAGGAGGAAUCUUGAAGCCACAAGAGGGUGCCCCUCAGCAUGGAUCCACUGUGGUGGCCCCGAGCUGCAGCCCAGGGGCAGGGGAGGUCUCUUCUGUCGAAUACUUCUCCUGUGUUUCUUCUCCUUGGAAGCUCAUCCAUGGCGGAAUCCGGAGGUUACAUCGAGACAGUCCUCAGCUUAGAGCACCCCUGGUCCAGGUUGGGGAACAAGGGGCACCUGCUCCCCUGUCACAACACAUCUCCUUCUCAUCCCCUUCAUCCUAUAAGACCUGCGUGUCCUCUCCAUAUGUAAACAAAGAGGAAAGGGGCCUGAAAAUAUACUACAUGCAGGUACAAAUGAAGAAGGGUGUUGCUAUCUCCUGGGAGACCGAGAAACCCUCAGAGUCCCUAGAAAAGCAGCCAAGGAUGGAAGAAGUGACCCUUCGUGGGGAUGUGCGGGUUGGCACUCCCCCUUCCGAUGUGUCCACCAGGAACCUCCUGUCUGAUGGCGAGCCCAGCGGUGAGGAGAAGGAGCAUGAGGAGAGGGCAGAGUCAGACAGCCUACUGGGGUCCCCCGCAGGGGAGGAAAGACCCCGGGCCAAGACACCUGACUGGCUGGUGACCAUGGAGACUGGCUUCAGGUGCAUGGCCUGCUGCCGGGUCUUCUCCACCCUGGAGAGCCUCCAGGAGCACGUGCAGUAUGGCAUCCGGGAGGGCUUCAGUUGCCAUGUCUUUCACCUCACCAUGGCCCAGCUGGCAGGCCACUUGGAGUCGGAGAUCACCCCCGAGGAGGAGGUGGAGGAAGAGGCAGAGGAGGAAGAGCAGGAGAAAAAAGAAGAGAAGCAAGAAGAGAAGGAGCAUGAGGAAGAGCAGCCCACAGGGGAAGAUCUCACCAGGAAGAGACCCUGGAGUCAGUGCCCAGGCUGUGUGUUUCAUUCUCCAAAGGACAGGAACAACUGAGAUUCAUGGGCCAGAAGAUCCUAGAACAUGGUGUGGCCUUCUCUUGGAGAGGGAGAAGAGAGGGCCCUGGGGCCAGCAGCAGGCAGAAUGCCAGUGGCCUGAAGGAGGAUGAAGGGACCAGCGUUCAGUCUAACAUCCUUUGACAAUAUGAAUAUCGUAUAAAUAUCACAUGCAAUAAAGGGUGUUUUCUAAACCUUCCUUGGAUAUAUUAAUAAAUUAUCUACCUAUGUUUCUAUGUAUCCAUCAUUUCUAUC